AGCAUGACCAGGGCAGGAAUUCUGGUGCUCCUCUCCUUCGCGCUUUGCUGCGCCCCAGAUACUGUCUUUGGGAUUGAGGUGGACUGCAGUACCUAUCCCAACACCACAAACGAGGAGGGCAAAGAGGUGCUGGUGUGCAGCGAGGCCGUCAGCCCCAUCUGCGGCUCCGACGGCGUCACCUACGGCAACGAGUGCCUGCUCUGCGCCUACAACGUAGAAUAUGGAACCAAUGUCAGCAAAGACCACGACGGAGAGUGCAAGGAAGUUGCCCCUGUGGAUUGCAGCAGGUACCCCAACUCAACCAGUGAGGAGGGCAAAGUGGGGCUGAUCUGCAGCAAAGACAUCAGCCCCGUCUGCGGCACCGACUGGGUCACCUACGACAACGAGUGCCUGCUCUGCGCCCGGAGCCUGGAGGCUGGAACCAGCAUUGGCAAGAAGGCUGACGGUGAAUGUAAGAAGGAAAUUGUCGCAGUUGACUGCAGUGACUACCCAAAACCUGUCUGCUCACUGGACUACAUGCCUCUCUGUGGCUCUGACAACACUACAUACAACAAUAAGUGUAUCUUCUGCAACGCAGUUGUGGACAGCAAUGGGACUAUCUCUUUGAGCCAUUUUGGAAAAUGCUGAGUAUAGUGCCAAGAGAAUUCACC